UCUUUCACUUUUGCCUGCUCUGCAACCUUUUAAAAUGUUGCCCCUUCCCUGUGAUUCGUCAGACGCCACGGCCUGGCCCCCUCUCCCUCUCUCCCCCUUUUUGUCUCUCGCUCUCCCUCUCCCCGUCUCUGAUUAGAUACACUGAUUCUUCAUUCAAUGGACGUCAUUUAGAACAGACUCUGCCUCGAGUUGCCUCUUCGCUUCAUGGUCGAUUUCCAGCCAUUCUUCCCUUAUUAAGUAUUCGUGUGAUAUUAAUAGUCAUGAAUAUCUGCUAUUAGGAGUCGCCAGGAAAGCAGCCGAUUUCUGUUAUUAGAAGCUCAAGUCAAGCAGCCGCUAAGUCAAAGGAGAAAAAAGGGGAGAGACAGAGGAUUAAGAAACGAGCGCGCACACACACAUUUUUUUUUUUUAAAAACUUUGAAUUAUACUAUCACUCCAGGACAGAGAUCGCGAUUGCAACAUCAAAUGAAGGGCAGCGGCAAGAAUUGGUUCAAGUUCUGAUGGAUUAUAGCCGGGUUUUUCCGGCACCCAAGAGUCUCCGGCGUUGUGACACUGUAGUCAGAGAAUAGUGCUGGGUCUCAUCGCUACUCUUUUGUGUGUGUGUGUGUGUGCGUGUAUGUGUGUGUGCGUGUGUGGGUGCGUGCACGCAUUUGGUCACUUUUCUCUGAAUUUUUCUACCCUGACUCGUUAACCCAGACUCUUCGCAGAUGUUAGUACACAGUUUUUCGGCGAUGGACCGCCACGACGGCACCAGCAACGGGACCGCCCGGUUACCCCAGUUGGGGACCGUAGGCCAAUCCCCCUACACCAGCGCCCCUCCGCUCUCCCACACGCCCAACGCCGACUUCCAGCCCCCCUACUUCCCCCCUCCCUACCAGCCCAUCUACCCCCAGUCUCAAGACCCCUAUUCCCACGUCAACGACCCUUACAGCCUCAACCCCUUGCACGCCCAACCGCAGCCGCAGCACCCGGGCUGGCCGGCCCAGAGACAAAGCCAGGAGGCCGGCCUGUUGCACCCGCACCGAGCCCUGCCCCAUCAGUUGCCCGGCUUGGACCCCCGAAGGGACUACCGAAGGCAUGAGGAUCUACUCCACGGACCGCACGGGCUCAGCUCGGGACUAGGAGACCUUCCCAUCCACGCCAUACCUCAUGCUAUCGAAGACGUGCCGCAUGUAGAAGACCCGGGUAUUAACAUCCCAGAUCAAACUGUAAUUAAGAAAGGCCCCGUGUCCCUGUCCAAGUCCAACAGCAACGCCGUGUCCGCCAUCCCCCUCAACAAGGACAACCUCUUCGGCGGCGUGGUGAACCCCAACGAGGUGUUCUGUUCGGUUCCGGGUCGCCUGUCCCUCCUCAGCUCCACCUCCAAGUACAAGGUCACGGUGGCGGAAGUGCAGCGCCGCCUCUCGCCGCCCGAGUGCCUCAACGCGUCGCUGCUGGGCGGGGUGCUGCGGAGGGCGAAGUCUAAAAAUGGGGGGAGAUCUUUAAGAGAAAAACUGGACAAAAUAGGAUUAAACUUGCCUGCGGGGAGACGUAAAGCUGCUAACGUCACCUUGCUCACAUCACUAGUGGAGGGAGAAGCGGUUCACCUAGCCAGGGAUUUUGGGUAUGUGUGUGAAACAGAAUUUCCUGCCAAAGCAGUAGCUGAAUUUCUCAACCGACAACAUUCCGAUCCCAACGAGCAAGUGACAAGAAAAAACAUGCUCCUAGCUACGAAACAGAUCUGCAAAGAGUUCACUGACCUGCUGGCUCAGGACCGAUCUCCCUUGGGGAAUUCACGGCCCAAUCCCAUCCUGGAGCCGGGCAUCCAGAGCUGCCUGACUCACUUCAACCUCAUCUCGCACGGGUUCGGCAGCCCGGCGGUGUGCGCCGCCGUCACGGCCCUGCAGAACUAUCUCACCGAGGCGCUCAAAGCCAUGGACAAAAUGUACCUCAGCAACAACAAUCCCAACAGCCACACGGACAACGGCGCCAAAAGCAGCGACAAAGAGGAGAAGCACCGAAAGUGAGGAGCUGCUCCUCCUCCUCCUCUUCUUCCCCCUCUGCCACCCAUCUCUCCAUCUCUCCAUACCCUUUCGCCCCCGCAGGCCUCCGCCCUGGAGUCUGGGGGUCACCCGUCACCCGGGUCCAAGACUGCAAGCCCUCCUCUCCUCUCCCCACCGACUCAGCACCCCCUUGCCCUCGUCUGGAGCCCAAGAGAACAGAACGGGCUGUGGAGCCAGCAAAGAAAAGUUCUGUCUGAGUUUGUGAACUUUUUUUUUAAUAAACCGACGAAAAAUCAAAUAAAAAGAAAGAACUUUUUUUCUAAAAAAAAAAGAACAAUUAAAAAAAUAAAUUCUAUGAGCUUCAUCGGACUGAAUCACCACCUCCCCUUACAUUACUUCAGUUAAGAUUGUAGCCAUAUUAAAAAAAAGGCAAAAAGGAUGAUGACAUUUUAUCAGUAUUGUGAAUAAACUUGAACACAAAACACGCAGUUCCAUGUCAUGUCUUCAGUUGUAGAACCUUUUCCUCUUCAAGGUAAAGCGACCAACUUGAACUUUCUAUGGUGACACGAUUCAGUUACUAUAUAUAAGGGAAUCGGUGUUCAUGUCUCUGUAUAUAUUUAUUUAUGUGUAAUUUAAUGGGAAUUGUAAAUAUGGUGAGUCUGUUUUAAGCCUUUUUUAUUUAUCUGGUGAUCUCGUUUACCUCUUGUUUAGUGGGUUUUAAAUCUUCCCUCUUAGUUCUUCAUGUGGUUCACGGUACUUAUUUAGAAAUCCGAGGUUUUGGGGGGUUUUCUCUGGGAUUCAUGAUUUUAGCCCUGUUGUAGCAUGUUGAGGCGACAAUGAAGCAGCUGAACAAAUAAAAAAAAUAAAAUGGAUUUUAUAAAUAAUUAGUAUUACAUUUAGCAUCUCAUUGAAAAGAAAAAAAAGUGAUAUUGAACCCUGGAAAGAUUUUUAACAGCUAGCAGUUUUACAGGACUUAUGUGCUUUGUGGGGGAAAGAAGCAAGUUUUAUUUUCAUCCACUGUCCUUCCUUAAAAGCAUCAUCAGAGCAAUAAAUUAAUAUUGUCUUUAAACCAAGGAUUAGGAUUCUCUCUCUCUCUCUCUCUCUCUCUCUCUCACACACACACACACCCUCCCUCCCCUUUUUCCUCUUCCUCCCCUCUCUCUUUCUCCUCUUUCUCUGUUUUGUUCAAAGAACUUCAAACAUUUGGGCCCACCUGGUAUCCUGUAUUUCCACUGGCCAUAUUGGAAGCAGUUAUAGUUGUAUUGUAUUGAGUUGUGCUGGCAGUAGUUUCCAUGCCUGUCAAUGUAUCAUAGUCCUUUGUUGCCCAGAUAAAUAAAUAUUUGAUACGCUUUAUGUC